CUCUGUUUUCAGGUCAUUGGCAUAAAAUGGAUGAUGUGGAGGCCUAUUCUGAACACAGUGUAUCUGUAGGAGAGUCUCAGGUCAGGGCUUCCAAGACAGCCGCACCCACCCAGAGGACCCAUCUGUGUAAGCCGUGCUUCUCAGUGUUAAAAGGUAUUUUGCACCUGACUGAGUUACAAGUGGUUUACUUUGAGAAGAAUGUGUUCUUAAGUGAUGCGUGUGUGAGAGACUUGUGUUUCAGUACAAACCCUCACCAGCAACAGAAGGAUGCCAGUGGAGAGAAGCCCUGGAAAGAAGAUAUGGAGAGUGCCUCGCUUGUGACAAGUUGCUGCUUCUACUUAUCUGCGGUGCCUGAAGCCAAUAUGGAGGUCGGUGAAGACUCCCCAGCCAUCUCAGGGUUUCUCCGGCACCAGGCCACUCUUAACACUGAGGAGCCACACAGUAACAAUGAGAUUUCACAGGAAUUUCUCAGUGGAAAAAGACAUCACCAGUGGGUUGAAUGUGAAACAGCUUUCAGCCAGAAACAGAAAGUUGCUUAUGAUAAAGGUCUCUGCUCUGGAGAUAUGAUUGAUGAGUAUAAUAAAUGUGGGGAAGUAUGUAGACAAACCUUCAACCACCUUCAACACAGGAGAGUUCACACUACAGAAAAGCCCAACGAGUGUACUGAUGGUGGGAAGGUCUUCAGUGAAAGCACUGCUCUCAUUAAACACAACAGAGUUCACACUGGAGAAAAGCCAUAUAAGUGUAGUGAAUGUGGGAAGUCCUUCAGUAAAAGGUCUGACCUCACUAUACACCACAGAGUUCACACUGGAGAAAAGCCAUAUGAGUGUAGUGAAUGUGGGAAGUCCUUCAGUCAAAGGUCUGACUUCACUAGACACCACAGAAUUCACACUGGGGAAAAGCCAUAUGAGUGUAGUGAAUGUGGGAAGCACUUUAGUCAAAGGUAUUCCCUCACUGUACACCAUAGAGUUCACACUGGAGAGAAGCCAUAUGAGUGUAGUGAAUGUGGGAAGCAUUUUAGUCGAAGGUUUCACCUCACUAUACACGAUAGAGUUCACACUAGAGAAAAGCCAUAUGAGUGUAGUGAAUGUGGAAAGCAUUUUAGUCGAAGGUGUUACCUCACUAUACACCACAGAGUUCACACUGGAGAAAAGCCAUAUGAGUGUAGUGAAUGUGGGAAGUCCUUCAGUCAAAGGUCUGACUUCACUAGACACCACAGAGUUCACACUAGAGAAAAGCCAUAUGAGUGUAGUGAAUGUGGGAAGCAUUUUAGUCGAAGGUGUUACCUCACUAUACACCACAGAGUUCACACUGGGGAAAAGCCAUAUGAGUGUAGUGAAUGUGGGUAGUCCUUCAGUCAAAGGUGUCACCUCACUGUACACCAGCGUUCACACUGGAGAAAAGCCUUAAUUAUGCAGGGAAUGUUUUCUUUUUCUCACUUAUUAUAAGAACACUUAAGGGGCUCUAUGGGACCAUUUACAUGAAUGCAAACCCCUUUUGUGGGAACAUACAUGCUAGGUUCCUCAUAAAUUUGAGGUGCCAGUGAGACUUGAAGGAGCUGCAUUGUACUUGCUAACAUGCCUAGACCUACAACCCAAAUGUUGUCACCAUCUUUUUGUCAAUGAAGAGAUUUCACCUCUAAAACCUGGCUCACCUGCGGAGUGUGCAUUGGUGAUGAUUCCUGGGUGUUCAGGGGACUGUAUUCUGUGUUUUCACAUUUGCUUGAAGUAAUUAUGGUUCCUCCAAGCUCUUGGCAGUAUCUUUACUCAUUUGCCUAUGAUUAGAAAAUGGACCUGACCAGGAUUCAUCCAGAGCACCAGUUCUCAGCUAAGAAGUGCUACCUCUUUCAGGGAUCUAGUGGUACUCACAUUAUGCUUUGAUAAAUUUGGGGAGAUUCUUAUUCACCAACCUGUAAACCGCUUGCUCUCCUCUGCUCUAGUUUAGGAUCUUUUUUAUAGGUGUGUUUACAUUUGUCCUUUAAUUUUGGUUUUCUUCCCGGCCACAGAUGAUUUGCAAACACUAAUGUGAUCUGUCAGUAUGCAGAGAUGAAUAGAUGUUGUGUUUAUCCCAAAGUUUAUGUGGUUUGGAAGGGAGAGCAUAAUGGCAGGAAAUCACUUUUGUCCAAUAUUGGCUUAUUAUUUACUGCAGCCCAUGGCCUUGAAAUAAAGACCACAUGACUUUGUGCAUUUAAUCUGCCACCUACGGCCUCGAUUAUUGGUGAGGGCAAAGGUCACUCUGAAGUUCGCUCUGCUUCUGUGACCAAUAUGAAUCAUGUUCUCUGUUCACAGUAUGUAUUACAUAAGCCUCAGCAAUGUUUAAGGAGCCUGGUUUCCAUGUACCGCAAAGGAGCCAUGUGCCAGGAAGUAUGGAAUUUCAUAGGCUGGGGUCAUUUGUUGAAAGACUCUGAGGUGUAACCACAAUUAGGACAGAAACCCUGUUUCAAUAGUGAGUGGGAAAGCCUGCAGUAAAUUAGAUGAAAAGGGCCUCUUCUGAGCAUAAGGCCACGAAUGUCCCAGGGCCUGUGGCUUGUGUGACCUUUAUGUACAGACAUUCUCAGGACCUCCAGAACUAUUUCAUGUAGCUGAGAUCAUUGGCAGAUAAAAUAACCUUAUGCUAUUGUGUAUUCCCUGGCCCCUCUAGAGUGUUUACAUAAGGUACAUGCUCACCAGGCAAGAAGUCAAAGCUAGAGGAAGGAUAAUCCUGCCAUCUGUCCCAGGAUGUGUCUUUUGUAAGCAGUCAGCAUUCCUGUUGAAUUUCAUGGCAAUAGUUUUUUUUUUUUUUAAUAUAUACUUUUAUGAUUUUGGAGAG